AUGGCCUCGUCAUCUUCAAGCCCGUCAAGCUCACAAGCCCCUCAACAGUCCCUCGGUCAGCUGGCCUCGUCCUCCCCAGCCCUUUCCAUCAUCGUAAACACAGCUGUACUGAGCGCAUCAGCCGGCCUUCUAGGAUCGACGGUCGGCGUCCUCCGUCAAGACCCGCAAAGACCGCCCGUCGUACUUGCGACACGAGCCUUAGUCAAUGCAGCAUCUGCUGGAUUUCCCUUCUUCGCUACAAGGGAAUACGUCAUCAACCCGCUCCUCUCCUCUGCAUCCACAGCUCUCCGGCAAGGACAUGCUCCCCGUCCGUCGCGUCACACGAUCAACCUUGGAUCCUCCACCAUCUCAGGUCUCGCAAUAGGCGCAGGCUCCGGCUACUAUUACGGCUACAUAGCCGCAGCUGAGACGUCGUCCUCAACGAAGCGCAACGUCAGACGACCAGCCGUUCAGGGCGCAGAGGCGUCCGUUGAGGCAUUGCAAAGAGGAUGGCAGGCAGCAGGAGGCGCAAGAGGGUUGAGCAUUUCAGCGGUCCGAGUGGCUUCGUUGGCCUUUGUAGCACAGCUGGCAGUCAAUGAGGCUGCGAUCCUGCUUGGCAUUGGAAGCGAGUCGGCAAAGGAAGAGGAGGACCAGAAGGCUCGCAGCUUGCCUGACACGACGGCGUCAAAAGCACCUGCAGCCACUUCCACUUCCUCAUCAUCAUCCCCGCCGCCACGUCACCCCUACUCAGAACCAGCAGCCACCCCACCUUGGUGGUCACCGGCGCGCAUCUGGCCCCUCGUCCGUCUUACAGAUGAGGAAUACCUCGCCCGCCUCGAAGCAGAGCGAUCCCAGCUCCUCACGGAGAAGGCACAAGUGCAGAAGGAGGUCGACCGGGUAGCUGCGGGCGGAGGGGUGGGCAAUGCCAAAUGA